AUGACUCGUUCACUUUUACUCACGUCAUUUUGGGUAAACGUCCACUUGAUCGCGGUUGCAUCACUUUCUCUGCGGCCUAAUACCGGACAUACCAAUGGUGUUAUCAACCUGCCUGUGGUACGAGGCAUCAACUUGUCAUCACAAAAGAGAGAUGCAAAGGUGUUUUCAGGAUCGGCCAUAAACGACGAUUGGAGUUAUGGUAUUGAGAUCGACAUUGGCACACCCCCUCAGAAGACCUUUGUUGAGAUAGACACAGGCUCCGACCAACUUUGGGUCAAUGCUGACUGCAACACGGCUCCCACCGAGCUGGGACAAAAUGAAACUUGUGUCCAAAUUCCCAAAUUUGAUCCUUCCCAAUCCAGCACGGCACAAAACCUUUCAGUGUCAACCACUCUGGGCUAUGGUGACAAUACCGUUGGAGCCUAUGUCGGCUAUUAUAGUGACCUAGUCACAAUAAGUGGAAUCAACCUGGCAUCGCAAAUAUUUGGCGUUGCUUCAGAAACCCUAGGCAUGGUUAGUGGAAUCAUGGGGAUUUCUCCACCUAUUACAGGCUUUGCCAUCAACCAGACUUACCCCCGUGUUCUUGAUUCCAUGUUUACACAAGGUUUCAUUAACAAACGAUUGUACGGAAUUCACUUGGGCAGUUCUGCUGAAACGGAAGGUUCGCUUACCUUUGGAGGUAUUGACACCGGGAAGUUCUCUGGAAGCCUUGAAGAAAUACCCAUCAUCAAGGAUAUUUCCAACAAAACAAGGUUAACGGUCGACUACAACAGUCUUUCUCUCACUCUUCCCAACAACAGCCCCAAAGCCUAUACGAUCAACGACACGAAUGUUCUACUAGACUCUGGAACUACCUUCAUUCAGCUUGAGGAAACUGUGGCUAGCCAAGUUCUCGAAGAUUUGAACGCCGUAGAAACUGUUGUAGAUCAGUCUACCACUUAUUAUAUCGUGGAUUGCUCCAUGCGAAACUGGACUGGAGGCCUGACUUUCACGUUCAAAAAUAAGCCAAUAACCAUUUCAUACGACAACCUUAUCUUUACGGCCGAGGGUCAGUGUGCAGUGGGCAUCCAGCCAUGGCCGGUCGGCCAGCAACAGAUUCUGGGUGUUCCAUUCUUCAGAGCUGCGUAUGCCGUGUUUGAUUUUGAUGCCCAGACGGCCUAUCUUGCUCCAGCUGCGAAUUGUACCACCCAAACUAUGGCUAUCACGCAGUAUCAGGACCUUUCCAACAUCACGGGGUCUUGCACCAAUGCUACUGGGGCCGCGACAUCUACAACCGUGACAAGUAGCGGGACUACCAUGGUCGCUAACAUAGCUACCUGCGGUGGAAUUACAAUCCUUCUCAUGCUUUUGGGAUGGUAA